AACAACGAAAGCCACUAUUAUAAGCGCUUGUGUGAUGCAGAAUUUACACGUUUCCUCGAAGCAGACAACAAGAAAACUUCGCCAAUAAUUUCGACAACAGACUCUAGCCAUCAUGUCAGAAGAUAGUCAUAUACCACACAUUUUGAACCUUAGUAAUAGUAUUAUAGGUGUAACUGUGUUAGCUAUGCCAUUUUGUUAUAAAGAGUGUGGAAUUGUCCUGGGAACUAUUUUAUUAUUUUUCUGCUCAUGGCUCACAUUAUCCUCAUGCCAGAUGUUGAUGAAGGCUGGUUUGUCUUCUAAAAAAAGAUCCUAUGGAUAUUUAGCAUAUUAUACUCAUGGUUCCCCAGGAAAGGUUGCUGUAGAAAUUGGUAUGAUAGGUCUACAGAUGGGAACGUUAGUAGCUCAGGUUGUAAUUAUUGGUGAUCUCGGACCAGCAAUCAUAUCAAAAUUUACAGGAAUAGAGAAUAGCAGUAGACUGAGGACAGGACUGAUUAUAUUAACAUGUCUAGGAGUUGGUUUACCUUUAGGAUUGUUGAGGAAUCUAAACUCCAUCAGUAAAGCUAGCACUCUUUGUAUUAUAUUUUAUGCUGUUUUUGUUGUGUAUAUUGUGACAUUAUCUUUGCCAAAUCUACUAGCAGCUAACUGGUACUCCAAAGUAUAUCUAUGGAAGACAGAUGGACUGUUUAAAUGUUUACCGAUAUUUUCUUUUGCUUUUGGAUGUCAAACGCAGCUUUUUAUAUUGUAUGAUUCCUUGGUGGAUCCUUCACUGACGGGAAUGAACUCUAUUGUUGGCAGUGCUGUUAAUAUGUGUACUUGUGCUUAUUUACUUGUUGGAUUUUUUGGUUAUGUUUGUUUCUGUGAUACUGAUAUAACUGGUGAUAUAAUUAACCACCUUCCUUUGACGAUCGUGUCUGACCUACUUAAGUUAGGAUUUGUCAUGUCCAUUGCUAUUACGUUCCCUCUUAUCAUAUUUCCAUGCAGAGCAAGCUUAUAUACACUCUUGUUUCCACAGAAACAGAAGAUUGGAGAAGAAUUGGAACAGAGACCAGUCCUACCAGAGAUACAUUUCAAAGUACUAACAGUACUAAUAGUCAUGUCUGCUGUUAUUACAGGCAUUUUGGUUCCUAAUGUUGAGUUUGUUUUAGCAAUUAGUGGUGCUACAAUGGGAACUCUAAUUUGUUACAUAUUUCCUGCCAUGUUUUUCCUACGUGUGAUGACUGGAUCAUCGGAAGGCAAAAAUCUGGCACAGUUUGUAUUUGUGUGUGGUUUUACAAUCAUGCUUUUGUGCACAUACACAACAUUGAACUCACAAGAUAAAGGUCAUGUUAUACAGCCAGCAGAAAUAUUGAAUCCAACACCUUCCUUACCUAUUGUAAAACGACAACACCCAUCUGUUCCCACCCUGGGGAAAAAAACACCCAUUGCAGAUCCUAUAAAGGAGAGUAGAAUUGAGCCACCAAAUCCAAGAGCCCCUAUUGAGAAUAAAAGUGAGGAUGACAAGAUACAUGAUAGACAGAAGUUAAACAUUAGCAUGAAAGACAAAAGGGAAGAAAAGGUUGUUAAUACAAUAAACAAAAUCAAAGAUCGGCAGAAGUCACGAGAGAAAGACAAACAAAUAGAAAACAUGAAACAGAGUGUUGAUACAUUUAACAAAAGUAAUAAAACUGAAGACAUAAAGAAAAUAGAAUCUGUAAAAGUGGAUACAAAGAAGGAUGAAGAAGAAAAUAAAUUAUUGAAUGAAUUAAAGAAACAGCAUGAAGAACAACAGAGAUUGAUUGAUGAACAGAAGAAAAUUCUGGCUGAACUGAAAGAACACAAAGAAUUGGACCAUAAAAUUGUAGAUAUUGAUAAACAACAAAGUGUUCAGAAACAAGCUCCAGCAGAUAGUCGACAACAAGCUCCAGCAGAUAGUCGGCAACAAGUUCCAGGAGAACGGCAACAACAGUUGCCACAAGAACAAGUUCUGGUGGACAGCCAACAACAGUUGCCACAGCAACAAGUUCUAGUAGACAAACAAGUUCCAGUAGACAGCCAACAACAGUUGCCACAGGAACAGGUCCCAGUAGACAGCCAACAACAGUUACCACAUCAAGGAGUUCUAGCAGGCAGACAGCAACAAGAAGGAGGAAAACAUAAUGUGGAACAACAGGAAGUAGAAAAACAAAUAAAUAUCCCUGUCAGGGAAAGUUCUAACCAGGGUCAUCCACAAAAAGUUGAUAAUAAUGAACAAAAUAUGGAUGACAAUUUACGAUUAAAAAGAGACAUUCACAAUCUAAUAAAUUUAAAAGGAGUUAAAGAAGAUGUAAAAGAAAAAGCAAAAACAGACAAAAAUAAAAAAGGUGCUAAAAAAUUGAAAGAUACAAAUAAAGACGUUAAUGAUGAGAUGAAAAGAAAACUGUUAAGUGAACAGAAUCCAAAAUAUAACAUUGAAAAGUCAAGAUAGUACUUACAGAAGCUGUAGUCAUUUAAUUUGGUGUACAUUUUAUUUUUUGUUAUUUUUACAGUUAUAUGCAUGUCAAACAUUUGUGUAAUAACAAAUCAAAAGUACAGUACAUUUGUGUAAUCUGAAAUUUAUCUUGUCCUACCUACAAAAUUAAAGAAGUUACACCAUUUCAUGUAUGUAAUAAAAUGUGUGUUUCCUAUCACAAUUGUGUAAUGUGAAUUUUUUAAUGCAAUAUUAAUGUUAUUUUAUUUUUUUCGAGGACAGAAAAUAGAAUUAGACUGUUUUCUGAAAAUUGAAGAAUUAGUUUGUUUAUUUCAGUAGUCAGUAGUAUGAAACAUUGAAAUUUCAUUUCUAUGAAUAUUAGCUUUAAAAAGUUCUCUUUCCACAGUCCUACCUUGCUAUUAUAUUUUUUUUUUACAAACAGUGAUUUGACUACAGCCUUUACAGUUAAAGUCAAGUCAUAGCAAUACACUAACAAUGUAUUGACUGAAAAGGGGAUAAUCUUUCUUAACAGAAUUUGCUAAUCGGAAUUUGUGUUAUAUCAUGUAUAUGUUUAAUCCACACUUAAUCACUGUAAGCCAAGAGCAAAACUUUUGAAGUAAAUUCUGUAACAAGCUGUCUUCUUUUACCUUAAAAAUAUGUGAUGUGAGCUGCAUUGGAUAGAAAUCGAUCUUAUGCAAGUGCAUGUAUACAUGUACAUGUAUAAGACAUUGAUUGAUUUUAGAACAUCUAAAUAUGGAAUAAAAGAUUUAUUUUGGUCUGUUUAGUAGAUUUUCCUAUAACAACUCAAUUUUCAAACAUUAACAGGCUUUCCAAAGAGAUUUUUUCAAUCCGAAAUAGGUUAACAGAUGUAUUGAUAAUUAUUUGCAUAAGGUCGAUUUCUAUCCGACGCUGCUCAUACAAUGAAUUUUAUAGAGUGUCUUCCUCAACCAUUAUACUAACUAUAAAAGUACAAAUGUCCAAGAGCAUUCUAAUGAAAAUAAAGAGACAGAAACAAAAGUGUGGCAUAGGUCUGUUCACUCAUCUCUUAUUUAGGUUUUUCUCAUACACAAUUUUCUUUCUUUCAUUCUUUUUUUCUCUCUCAGUAUUAUAGUAUUAUCUGUGAUAAAAAUUCAUCUUGAAUGAGAAUUAAAUUCAUUUGAUGGAUACAAGUUUUCAUGUUUUGAGAAAAACAAUGCUUUUAAAACAAAAUUAAUUGCAUUCUAAAUAUUUUAGGAUAUUCAAUCAUUGGUGUACCUUGAUUCUCAUGUAGGUAUGCAUGAACAACGGAAUAACCCAUUAUCAUUUAGGUAUACGAACAAUGGAAUAAUCCAUUAUAUUUUAGAUUCUAAAAUGGUGAAUAUAUUUUUUGAGGUUUCUUUGAUUUGAUCUUUUUCUUACAGCAAAGCAAAUCAUGAUCUGCUUUCAUUUAUGACAUAAAGAGUUUGAUUAAAAUGCUGAAGGAAGGAUAAUGACGCUACAAUGUAAUUUCAAUUAGGGGUUUUUUUUUUUUAUAAAUUCUGUGGUUAGCUGAACAGAUUGGAAAUGAAAAAAAACUAUAUACAAAAAUUUUAUCUGCAUUCCUAUAUAUUUUGUUUACCGGCAUACAUUUUUGGAGUAGGACCAAUUUAAGUAUUUAUAAAGAAUAAGUUUUAUACUUUUGAGUUCCUACCAUGGUGAUGACAAACUGACAGAUAUACAUCUGUUGGUUAAAAGUUAUUCCCAAGGUCUUCAGAUCAUUGGACUAAUGUGGAAAAAAUAUAAAUCAUUGACCUUGAACAAAAUGAUUUUAGAUCUUAUAUUCCUUUUCUUCCAUUUAUAAUUAUCUUUUUGGCCACAAGUUGUUUACAGAAUCAUUACUAAAAUGAAAGUUUUUUACAGACUUGCGUUUGAAAUGAAAUUAUUUUAUCAAAUUGUUUGCAACACGAAAUUAAUAGGCUUAGGUCAUUACUUAAUUUGCAUAUAAAAUUAUUCAUAUGGUAGUGUUCUAAAGAUUAUUUGAGAAGUUUAGAAUUUUUACUUCCAGUAGCCUGUUUAAGAAAAAUAUAGAUUUUAUUUUUCAGGGACAAAUGUAUAUUCAAAGUAACAUAUAUUUACAUGUAUAGAUUUUUGUAUGUUUUUGUGUAAAUUACUGUUAUUUAAUAUUUUGUAAUAGUUGAAAUUUGAUUUUACACUCCAGCCUCUGAAGUAAAUACAAUUAACUGCAUUGAGAAUUUCCUAACUUCAAACAGAAAAACUAUAUACCUCCAUAUAUCAAGCUUAUAACAUGUAGAUGUAACAAAAUAUUAGCAUUGAAUUUCAAUAAGAAGCUUUUCUCCAGGAAUUAACACAGUGAAUUAGCUAUAAAACAUUUUGUUGCUGGGGAACAUAUGUGCAAUUCAUUUCAGAUUUGCAGUAAAAAUAACAUUUUCAGCAAUUUCUUUGUACAAAUCGCUAACUUGGAUAUGCAUGAUGACAUGUUUCCAAGCUGAGACAUUUUCACAGAUUGCAUUAAAUUUAAUGGAGUACCAUGUGAGAUUCAAAUUUUUCAUAAUUUGUCAACCCCUGAAAGUCUCUUUCUGAUGCAUCUUCUGCGAGACAAGAAUUCUUAUUUAUCACACAAAGAAAUUCCUUGGAAAUUCAGUUUUUUACAAUAAUAUGAGUAAUAUAUAUGUUUUACAUCAUUAUUCUAGGGUCCUCUGCUCUUCAAAAGAGCACAAUAUAUAAAUGUAUCAAAAUGAAUAUAUGUGUAUUUGACCUAAAAUGGUCAUUAUACAUACAGAUCUGGGAAAAUUAGAUGAGCCACACGCUUACCUAGAAAGAUAUUUUACUCACAUAAACAUAUUUGUAUAACACAUCAUUUAGAGAUAUAUAUGUAUGGAUAUUGUAAUACAAUGGCUCAUUUCUAAUCAUUAAUAACAAGAUCUAAAAAUUUAAAAAGGAUACUGUUUUGGCAGUUUUGCAUUAAAUGUAAGAAACAUGAAGUCGUAAAGCAAAUAUUUAAGACAGAAUUAAAAUGUCUUGCUAAUAUAUGAAGGAUUGUAUUUGAUGGUUAAUUAUUAUUUAAUUUUUAAUUUCAAGACGCCAUAGAUAUGGGCUUUUUGUACCAUUUUUUCCUAAUGUAUCUAAAUUGAGAAAAAAAUGCUACAAGU